UUCCCCUUCUUUUUCGUUUCCUUGAGUCGGGUUGGGUUGGGUUGGGUUGGGUCUUCAUUACAGUCACUCAUUCCCUCCAUUACAUCUCUCUCUCUCUCUCCCUUUCUCUUUCUCUCUCUCGUAAUGCCUUGCCUGGGCAUUAUGUAAGAAUCGUAUUUGAGUUCCACUUCCAACAAUAUUAUUGAUUUGUUCUACAUUCUGGUUUGGAAUUUCCGCUGGGUUUUCUUUUAACUUUGCAAUAUGAGACCUGGAAAUCAUAAAAGUGAUUCCGAGUCAUCUCCGGGGCCAAGUUUUGAUGGAAGUUUAAGGAUUCCAGGAUCUGCAGCUUCUGCCCGGACUCCAUCCACCACUUCAAGCAAAUUCAUACCAACAUCAAAAAGGGUGUAUAAAGUCCUCAAGGAGUAUUCUUCAAAACUCGUGGACUUCAAUAUAUUUCAGGACUAUCUCGAGGAUUGGGUGAAGGAGACCUUGUGCAGCAAAGCUGGUGACGGCGAUCACUGCUAUGGUUCUCCUUUCUUAACUGAUGAAUUGUCGAUGUUUGAUUUAGCAUUGGAGGGAGUCUUCUUUCAGCAGCUGCUGCGAAUGCCUUACACGCCGUACUCCUCCGGAAACCUCAAGGAAGACGAGUUUCUGGCAUUCGAAGAUUUUCUAUACACAGCUGCUGAAGGACUGUGGCACACAUUUUGGCAUAAGAACAAACCGUUUCCGUACUUUGUGGCAUGUCCUCGAUAUCCUCGAUCCAAGUUCUACACGGUUGAGAAAGCAGUUUCGAGGGGGAGGCUUGGGGGGCUAAGCGGGGUUGCAUUGAUGUCGAAGAGUAAGGAUAAUCUACAUGCUCGUUGGGACGAUGUCGUCCAUUUCAUGUUGUUCAAGCAGAAUCUUUUCCGAGAAUUCAGGCUUUCCCCGUCGGUUCUCUGUGAAGCGCUGUUCUAUGGUGUUCAUAUAUUGUUUUCCCGGAGCUUGAGCAAGUACAACGCAGUUACGUCUGACUUUGUCUUGGUCUCUAUUAUGGAUUCUCGAUUUGGAGGCGUUGUGAAGCUCGGUGGCGACCUCGGUAAGCUUGAGGUCGAUUCAAAUAAUGUGUACAAAUCGAUGGCCGAGUGGAUAACAUGUCACGCCGAUAUCGCUGUUUCUCCUGUGGAGCAAAUAUGGAACAAACUCGGGAACGUAAACUGGGGUGACUUAGGCUCGGUGCAAAUACUUCUGGCUAUCUUCUACUCGGUCGCCCAAUGGAACGGGCCACCACGGAAAUCGUUAUCUUCAGCUGCGGCAAACCAUAGCCUCCGCCUCCAAAAACGUCGCAUGGAGACUCGUCCUGUCAAGAAUGGAAGCUUUCCAUCUCCGGUUGGUUAUCAACACGACGGAAACUACAGCAGGGAAAUAGUCGAACACAGCUUAGAGAAAUGCGACGACUUAACGAAAAAAGGGAAAGGGAAAGGGCCACGGCUAAAUCUUACUCGCGGCGAGGUUUUGGUGCUCGAAGAUCUGAAAGAGGGGUGUCUCAAAAGUUUCCAAAUACAGGAGUUUGUAUACGACGGAAGCGAUUGCUCGUACACGGCAGUCUCCACCGAGUGCCACUCUCGGUUGCUUACUCUGUUGGUCGGUGCCCAUCCAUCCCAGUUGGAGCCGUCGUGGGAAGACAUGAAUCUAUGGUACCAAGUGCAACGACAAACCAAAGUACUGAACGUAUUAAAGGAGCACGGCGUUUCGAGCAAGCACCUACCGGAGAUAAUAGCGUCGGGUAGGAUCAUGCACUCGGGCGCUUGCCAGAAGCAAAGCCCCAAGGGUCGAUGCGAUCAUCCGUGGUGCGGAACACCCAUUCUCGUCACCUGUCCAGUCGGGGAGCCUCUUUUGUCUCUCAUCGCCCACGACGGCCCGUUCUCCCCCGAGGAAGCUACUCGAUGCUGUCGAGACUGUCUUGCGGCGCUGAGAAGUGCGAGGAUGGCAAAUGUCCUCCACGGUGAUAUCAGGCCUGAAAACGUCGUCCGCCUUAUCGACGAACGGGGCUCGAGAGGGGAUAUUAGCGUGUACGUUCUCCUGUCGUGGGGGCGGGCGGUGCUGGAGGACCGUGACAGCCCGGCGCUGAACUUGCAAUUCUCGUCGUCCCAUGCGCUGCAGCAUGGGAAGCUUGGCCCGUCGUCGGACAUCGAGAGCCUCAUGUACCUCGUAUACUUCAUGUGCGGCGGAUCGAUGCCGCAGCAAGAUUCAAUCGAGUCAGCACUGAAAUGGCGGGAGAGGUGCUGGGCGAAGCGCAUCGUCCAGCAGCGUCUCGGGGAAGUCUCGCCGCUGCUGAAGGCGUUGGCGGACUAUGUGGACAGCAUAAUCGGGACGCCGUAUGCGGUCGACUACGACGUGUGGCUGAAGAGGCUGGAUAGAGGAUUGGCGGAGAGGGGGAAGACGGUGGAGAUUGAGGACGAUAUUCAGGUGGCUGAGUCUUCAUGUGGGAAUUCUUUGUGAUCCUCUCUGUGUCUCUCUCUGUUUAUGUAUGUUUUGUGUUUUUCUUCUCUGUGGUUGUGGUUGGGUUUUCUUUUUUGCAGUUCAAAUGGAAUUCAAUUAUUGUUUGAUUUGAGGUGAGGGUUCAUAUUAUGUUUUUGGUUGAUUUGCUGGGAUGAUAGAUUGAUUCUGACUGGAAAAAGGAUGCAAUGGACUAUGUUCUUACAUCGUUGUGUUGUAAGGCUUUUACUGAUGCACAAUUCAAUUA